CCAGAAGAAUUGUCUAACUGGAGCAUGGAGCUGAUUGGAGUCUUCGCUGCGAAAGCUUUACAGUCCUAAAAGGACCAUUCUCAAAAAUUUAUUGUUGAAAGAAGAGAAUUGUUUAUAUCUCAAUUAAACAUUCCCAGACAGUAUGUACUAAUACUGUACAAUCUUUAGACCACAUCAAAUAAUUUCUGUCUGGUGGCCAUAAUUAAAGAGUGGAAGGACAAAGCAGUAAUUGUAGCAGGAGAAAUGGUAGAUAGUUGAGAUAGAUUUUAAUUGACCAGAGUGCUGUAGAUAUGAUAGCGAAUAGUACUCUCGAAGGAAGUGGCGGCAGCGUAUAUGGGGAAGAUGGAGAGGACAUCAUCAGUAGGCAGCGAACCUCUAAGAAAGCCAGGGUGAAAUUCACAAGCCUUAAGAAAUAUAUAUUCUUGAGAGAUACAGCGCAGAGAAUUGUCUACUGUAUAUUCUUCUGUUACGACUGCAUCAUCAACUGCACAUGCUGUAUACUUAAAAUUCCUGAGAGCUGAAAGCUACCAUGGACUUUAAAAACUUGAACAGUUUCAACGUCCUAGUCAAUACUCUGUCUACCAACCUGCUACCUCUAACAAAAGAGAAAACAAGCUUAUCCACCCUCCUGAAAGUCUACUGGAUCCUAGUCUGGACCAUGGAACUAGUAUACCUAACAGUCUGCAUCCUUGGUCUCCUCUACGUGCCCAAGGAGAGAGCUCUACAAGACAGCACAGUAAACAUAUUGGUUUCCUCCGAAGUCAUCGUAAUGAUAGUCUACUUGAGUAACCGUAAAGGGAUGAUAUGUGCACUGAUAGAGAAGUUGAAUAACAUUCUGGACACGGAUGAUAAGACCCUGAAGAGUACUAUUAUUCAGACCCUGAAACCACUGGAGAAGCCUCUGAAAAUUUACGCGAUAGCCAGUGUUGGUACGGUUGCAGUCUGGGCAGCACUGCCACUGAUUAGAAUAUUUAAACAAAGCGAGUUUCACUAUGUGGACUACAGGAUACCAGCUGCGUUAUCAAAGGAACCCUUUUCGAUUAGUGUUUUCAUCGGUGGUGUUGUCUUGGAGUGCUUGGGGAGUCUGUAUUCCAUUGCGAGGAAGGUCAGCUUGGACCUGUACACCAUGCACUUGAUACUGUUGAUGACUGCGCAAUACAAGUAUUUGAGGAUCGAGUUUGAGAAAGUUCUUAGGAAGGAAGUGCAAGAUUGUGGACGGUUGAAUCGUUUGGAUAAGGAUGGUAGUUUGGACAAGAUGUUUUCCAAGGAUGAGGAAGUGACCAGACAGAGAUUGAGAGUGCUGACGCGACAUCAUGGAGCGGUGGUUGGCCGUUAUAUUGAAGACACUACUCUCCCCAAACAUCGGAAUACUCUACAUAAACAACAUCUUUCGCCUCUGCUUCUUAAGCUUCAUGAUAAUAACGGUACACCACGUUUCCUAACUUCCUCUCUAAAUUCUCUUCGUUUCUUUACAGAAUACUUUAUACAAUUCUAUUCUCCUUUUCAGGUACACGCUGAACAUUUCGAGAAACUUUUAGUUGUACUAUAUGCAGUUGGCGCAGUAACUCAACUGUACGUAUUGUGUUUCUGUAUCCAACAAUUACUCGAAGCGAGCACGGCGAUCAUGAACGACGCCUUCCACGCGGAAUGGUAUCUCCACAACGCGUCCUUCCAACGCGAGAUCGCUAUUAUGACUUUAGCUGGCAAACUGGAAUGCAGACUAUCAAUCUUCCGUAAUACUGAUUUAACGCUACCAUCUUUCAUGUCGAUCUUAAAUCAAGCGUACUCUGUAUGUCUAUUAUUUUUGAGAGCACGAAAGGAUUAAAUUGUGCUACGGCUCCUGUCAAUAAACCAUGACAUACCAUUAAACAAUCUAAUAGAUCAAUGGUUACAUCGACUGUAAUCAUAU